GCAACAAACAAUAGAAGGAAGGCUGGACACAUGACAUGAGAGCUGUGCACUGAUGCAGGAGAAUCACCAUGUCUGCGGCUCAGGUCUCUUUAUCUCCAGCAAAUCGACUUGAUGUUCUUGCUCGUCCUAAAGUGAAUUUUCUACAACAACAAGACAGGCCAUCUGUAUAUUGGCAGGACAAGACAGACACAAUAUCUUCUUGUAGUUUGACUGCAAGGCAAAAUGAGUUGGCACAGCACAAAAUUGUGAACAAGAUGUAUAAGGAAGACAGGCCUUCUCCAAUUUGGCCUGUCAAACAAAGCGCUCUACAGGCAGUUUCAUCUCCACGGUUGGAAAAACUGGCACAAUCAAAAACUGUUUGUCAAGAAUGGAUGGAAGACCGACCUGUAUACACUAUGGUGACUGAAGCCGCCAAGACAGCUUCUGCAAGUGCACGCACAGUACAGCUAGCCAGACCAAAGGAUCGUGCUGCCCAUUCUGUGUCAAGCACACAAAAACGUAGCCAGGAGGAUGGCAAUGGGUUCUUGAAUUCUGAUAAAGUGGAAACUACCAGAGCUAGAAUAGAGGAGUUAGCAGCACCUAAAAUGGGGCACUCUCAAUACCAGCAUGAUCUGACAGUUCCACAGCAUGUUCCUGCAUCUGCUCUCCACACCCAAGCCUCAGACAGGGUCUGCCAGCUGGCAAAGCCUAAAACUCGAAAGGCUAUCUUCGAAGGGUAUGACCCAUACCGGAUUUCCCCUGCAGCUAAGAAUGCUGAUGCAUCUCCCCGUGUUAUUGAGCUAUGUACUCCACCUACUCGCAGGCAGCGCCAUAAAAAAAUCUAG